AACGUCAGCGGCAGCACGACACCAACUCGGGAAGGAUGAAGCCGACGCCGUCCACCCGUCUGGCGUGUGUGGUCCUGUCAUUUGCGCGUGCUACAGGUUUCGUGUCUGGACCAACGGCGGCCAGCGUUUCUGCUCGGGUGCCAUGGGCGGGAGCACGAGCACGUGGUGGUGCAUCGUCAUCGUCUCUCUCGUCGUCGUCAUCACAUCAUGAUCGUCGGCAUGCACGAGCAGGGGCAGGUAACCGCGAAGCACGAGGGAAAGCUCUCCGAAUGGUGGCUGCUCCGGAGAUGCCCAAGACAAACGUGCCGGGAACAGCGGACAUGGACUGGGAGAAUCUUGGCUUCGAGUAUAGAGAUGUCAACAGCCACGUCAAGUUCACGUUCAAGAACGGUGCCUGGGAUGAGGGGGAGAUGGUGAAGGACCCUUACGUCAAAGUCCACAUCGCCAACACCGCGUUGCAUUACGGGCAGUCGGUGUUCGAGGGGCUCAAGGCUUUCCACGGCAAGGACGGAAGCGUGAAGCUGUUCCGGCCGGACGAGAACGCGAAGCGCAUCCGGGCGAGCGCGGAGCGUAUCCUGAUGGAGCCGCCACCGGCCGAUUUGUUCAUCAAGGCUUGCAAGAUGGCCGUCAAGGCGAACAUGGAGUACGUUCCCCCGUAUGGGUCUGAGGGGGCGCUGUACCUGCGACCUCUCCUCUUCGGGACAGGCGCGCGGAUCGGUCUCCAGCCGUCGGACGAGUACACUCUACUCGUCAUGGCGAUCCCCGUGGGGAACUACUACAAGGGCGGCUUCAAGCCGACGACAGCGGUGGUGAUCGAGGACUACGACCGGGCGGCCCCCAAGGGUGUCGGCGCCGUCAAGGUGGCCGGCAACUACGCGGCGGACAUGAUGCCGAACAUGCUGGCCAAGCAGGCCGGCUACCCUAUCGGACUGUACCUGGAUGCCAAGACGAACACGCUCGUCGAGGAAUUCUCUACCUCCAACUUCUUCGCGGUGACGGAGGACAACAAGUUUGUGACUCCCGACAGUCCUGCCGUGCUGCCGUCCAUCACCAACAAGUCCCUCAUGCAACUAGCCGAGGACGAAGGCAUGGUCGUCGAGCACAGGCCGGUGCCGUUUGACGAGGUGUCCUCCUUCAAGGAGGUGGCGGCCUGCGGGACAGCCGUGGUGAUGACCACCAUCAAGCAGAUCGUCAAGGGUGGCGAGAUCAUCAGCAUCAACGGCGGGUCGGACGAGACAGGGCCGGUUUGCCAGGCCUUGUAUGACAGGGUCCGGGGAGUGCAGGCGGGCGAGCUUGAGGACAAGUUCGGGUGGAUGAUGCCCGUCUAAAUUGCUCAACGUUCAUGCGACGGUUUUGGACAGCGCCCUGGAAGACAAACGGUUCUUUAUGAAGGGAAACAUGUUACGAGAUAUUUAUAUAAAAAGGGGGUGUUGUUACACAAAUCCGAGAGCCUUACGAGAGUUUUUUCGGCUUUCGAUUCUCCAAGGAGUAGCUGCCUGGGUUUCGAUCGCAUCCCCCUCAACAGCCACGAUUUUUGUUGUGCGUGACGAUAUGGGGGUGCCGUAGUGUGUGUAUCCCCUCCCCCCCCCCCCCUUGUAUUGACCCCCUUCGUCUCGGUUCACGGACGAACGGGAUCCCUCAAGAGAUCACUCGCUGUGCAGACGUCGUGGUGUGGACUUGAGUACUGUUUUAGUCGGGUAUCUUUGUGUUGUCCAGCAUGAAGAGCUUGUAAGCGUCUCUGCACACACACACUCAUCAUACGCCGGAACAAAGCGAAAUGGGGCUGCAAAUGCCGUCACGAUCACUACCGUGUGUUUUGGUGUCAAGGGUCUUGACGACAGGAGGGGCAAUGGGGUCACAUUCACAUUCACGGAUUGGGUGUAGUAAUCCCGCCCUGUGUUUGGCCAGGUCCUCUCGUCACAAUCCCGCCUCAUCUACUCCACAGCUGUUCGAUGGAAUUUUCGUCCUUUUAGGCCUCUCUUCGAAGAUCUACUUCUUCAAGAUAGCGGCAGGUAGUGUAGUUGUAUGUAGUAGAGGGAAGGGGGGUUUCGCGCGAGCCGCUGAAGAAGAAAUUGGGUUGGAUUGGAUUGCUAAGGGUACGUUGCGUUUGCUUUUAUCUCCGUUUCGUGAUGUUUGUUCGGCAGUCGUUGCCCUAUGGUUCGGAGGAGGGCAUCAGCAUUGGUUCAUACCUCACAAGUCUGUGUUUUUGUGUUGUUGUCGGCGAGCGUGCGUUGUGCGUGUACGAAAACGGCCUACUUGGUGGUGUUUCGAGUCUCACCCCAGUACCAACGACCGAACAUGACUCGGGAUGCUGCCUAGACUUGACUCGGGAGAUUCAAUGUUCAUGAUUGUUUGCUCGUCUAAGUGGCGCUGUGUCCCCCUGCGGGUUCCCUUGAAAGGAGGAAGUGUGCUACCAUGGUACAUAACGGUGUGUGUUUUUCGUCCCAUCAAUGCGGUAGAACCAGUGAGCAAAACGAGUCGAUGUUGCUGUAAAACAGGUAUCGAAAAAGUGUC